UGGCAUCGGUCACAAAGGUAACAGGUUGGAGCUGCAUUUAACGAAUUUAUCUGUCUGUCUCGAAUUAUGGAUAUGCUCUGCUCUUUCAGAAGUAUUUUCUGUCAGAUUUAAACAUUAUCUGUAUUAACACCAAGUAAAACAACAGAAGAGGACUCGAACGUCGGAAAUAAAUUGAUAAAUUGUACUACUUUGACCAAAUAGCAGUAUGAGUACUCCGUCAGGUCGGAAGAGCCCCGUGGACUACGGGGUUCAGAUCCGCUUCAUCAACGACUCAGGAGGGAGGCUCCCCUCGACCCAGCUGAGAUCCAAGCCCCCCUCCACCUCUAAGUACGGGGUGGCUGUCAGGGUCCAGGGCAUCGCUGGACAACCCUAUGUGGUUAUGAAGGACGGGGGCCCAAAGGGAGAUUCGUAUGGGGUGCAGCUCCGUACCCACUACCCCCCAGGUUACGGCAGUCUGCCCCGCAGGAGAGACCGAGAGGAGGGAGGGGGAGAGGGAGAGGGGGGAGGAGGGCAGGGAGGGGAGUUACGCAGGGCACAGUCACAUGGUUCAUUACUGGAGAGUGAGGGGGGAGGAGGAUUUGGGAGACCACCAGGGGAUGGGAGGUCUGGUAGCUAUGGGAACCUGGAUGGAGGGAUUGGGGUCGCGGAAGAGAGAACGUAUAGAGGGGUGAGGGAGGGGGGUAUGGGGAGGAAUAUAAUGUGUGGGUCGUAUCAGUCCGGGCUCAAUGGGUCACUGGGGAGGGGAGGGGGGAGUCAGUAUGCCCCUGACCUCCAUCCUUCCCAAACAGAUCAGCCCCCCCUGACCAUGGCACACCCCAACCCCCAGAGCCUUCCUUACCCAGCACAGCCCCACCCCCAGACCCCCGUCAACAGACUGAUCAGCAGGUUUGACGGCAGCAGCAGUACCAGAGAACAACAGAGGGGGCGCUCUCCUGUAGCAGAGGACCCUAGAGACACCAUCUCCUCUUCCCUCGCCCCCAACCCCUACUCCUCCCCUUCACCCUCUCUCACCCCCAACCCCUACUCCUCCCCUCCCUCCUCCACUCACAGCAGCCUGGGGCGGGGCCAAGGCUCCGUUAGCAAGGCAACGCCCCACCCAGUCAAUCAGCGGGCUCCGCCGGGGAGGUUUGUCGCUGUGGAGACGCCGUCAGCCAAUCGGACAGACUCGCUGGUGACCCCUGACCUUCUGCUUCAGAGUUCAGAGGUCACCAGUGAGGAGGAGCAGGUCAUGCAGACCAUCUACAGUGUCCUCAGAGAAGGGACCAGUGAGAGGGACUCAGUCAUCAGACACAAAGUCAGGGUGAUCUUCCAGAAGAUCCAGGGACUCAAGUCCAGUGAGAGUUCUGGUGAGGAGUGGAAGAGAGAAAAGAGGGAUCUGGAGAGGAAGAUGAUGGAGCUACAGACCUCUCUACAGGAGGAGAGGAGGGGCUCUUUGGGCAGCUCUGACCCUGUGUUAAAGGCAGAGCUGGAUUCAUGUCUGGAUGAGAACAUGCAGCUCCAGGAGACUGUGGACAGGAAGAAGACUGAACUACACCAGACACACUCUGAGCUGAGUCAGUUGCGUAUGGAGAGAGAGAGUGCUGAGUCCAGAGUCAGAGAGCUGGAGGACCGACUGGGCGAGCUACAGGAGGAGCUGAGGACAGAGAACGGCAACAAGACGGACCUGGUGACAUGUCAAGCGUCUCUGUUGGAGGUGUCCAUGUUGAAGCAGAAGCUGGAGGAUUCUCUGAGACAGAGAGAGAGGGAGCUGACGGCCCUGAAGGGAGCUCUGAAGGACGAGGUGGCCACGCACGACAAAGACAUGGAGACACUUCGAGAACAGUACAGCACUGACAUGGAGAGACUGAGGAGUACCGUGGAGCAGGUCUCACAGUCUCAGGCGGGUAUCGAGUCAGAGCGGUUGCGUGUGAAUGCGUCGGUGCGUACUCUACAGCAGCAGCUGGAAGACUGCAGGGACGAGAGUGGCCACUGGAUGGCGCAGUUCCACAAUACUAGAGAUGAACUACGGACCACCAAACAGGAGAUGCUGCAGGCUCGUCUGGAGAAAGAGGAGCUUGAGGAAGAACUGAAUGAAGUACAGGAGAGGGUCAACACCAUGAAACAGCAGAUACCAGACCCCAGUCAUACACAUACACUCAACCAGGAGCUGCAGAGUUUGCGUGCCGAUCUGCAGCAGGCCCAAUCAGAGGCAGAGAAGAAAAGGGCGGAGCUCGAUAAAAAGGUUAUGGAGGUAAUCUCCCUGAAGAAGGCCAACCAGGAGCAGGAGGCGGAGCUCAAGUAUGAGAUGGACAGGCUGAGGGGCCAAUCAAAUCGAGCCAAAGAGGAUCUGGCCAAGGCCCAGGAGAGAACCAAACAGCUCCCUGACCCAUCGGUUGUGUCUGGCCUGCAGUCAGAGUUGACUGAUGCUCGUGUGGAGAGAGACCAACUGGGAGAGAAACUCUCCAGCACUGAGCAGGAGCUGAAGUCAAACACAGAGCGGCUGGCCAGAACCCAGACAGAACUAAACGCUCUCAGAGACUCACAGCAGGAGCAGGAGGCAGCUAACACACGCCUCCGAGAGAAACUCUCACGCCUGGAGUCUCAGCUGGCUUCCAGUGCAUCAGAGAGUUCGGAGGCAGAGCUGUCCCUCCAGGCGGAGUUGAGGGGGUUGAGGCAGGAUCUUGACGAGGCCAGGAGAGAAACCUCUCGGCUGGGCCAGGACCACCGGCAGCUCAGUCUGCGUCUGGAGGACAGGGAGAAGGAGAGGGACCAGCUCACACAGACCAACACACAGCUGGAGGAACAGAGGAGACAGCAGGAGCGGUCCCUAGACAAACUCAAUAAGGAGUUUGAGUCUCUGUCCCAGUCGUCUGGUGAGGAGGUGCAGGUUCUCAGGGCCCAGCUGGAGGAACAGAGAGAGAGAUCUCGCAGGGAGACACAGGAGGCCCAGAGGCAGGGCAAUGACACACUGGUAGAACUGGAGAGGAGCCAGACUUCCCACAAGAUGCUGGAGGAGGAGGCGUCCCGUCAGAAGAAGGAGCUGCUCUCUGUGGUUGAGGAGAGAGACAAUGUUCAGCUGGACAAGGAGCUGCUCACCAACCGCCUGCACCACCUAGAGGCUGAACUGGAGAACAGCAGGAGCAGCCUCACAGACAAGAGCAGGGAGCUCCGCAGCACGGAGGACAAGAUGAAACGACUGGAGCUGGAGCUGGAGGAGGAGAAGGGAUCUGUGGAGCUACUCACUGACAGAGUCACCAGGACCAGAGACCAGAUGGAGCAGCUGCGUUCAGAGCUGAUGCAGGAGAGAUCCUCCAGACAGGACCUGGAGCUGGACAAGAAUGCCCUAGAAAGACAUUUGAAGGAGUUGAAGACCAGAGUAUCUGAUAUGGAGGGUCAGUCUCGCUCCUCUGUAGGAGUGGCUCAGCUGGAGAGUAAAGUUCACGAGUUGGAGGAACGCCUCCACAGCGAGGAUAGGGAGAAGAACUCCAUGUUGUCGUCUCAGCGUCGCCUGGAGAAGAAACUGAAGGAGCUCAACUUUACCCUGGAGGAAGAGAGACACCAACACACAGAACAGAGAGACCAGCUGUCUCUGCGUGUGAAGGCUCUGAAGAGACAGGUGGAUGAGGGGGAGACCGAGGUAGAGAGGAUGGAGGGAUUGAGGAGGAAGGCCCAGAGAGAGAUGGAGGAACAGAUGGAACUAAAGGAGGCCUUACAGGGCAGAGUCACCGCGCUAGAGACUGAGCUCAAGAGGAAGGUGCAGCAGGCGCAGCGUCAGGCCCUGGACUCGUCGGCUCUGAGCUCUGACGAAGAUGAUGAAGGCCUGUACAACCCCUCCAGCAUCACGUCCAUCCUCACUGGGAGCAACCUUCACACCAGCUCCUGCUAGAGGGAGGGAGGGGUAGUGGCAACCUUCACACCAGCUCCUGCUAGAGGGAGGGGUAGUGGCAACCUUCACACCAGCUCCUGCUAGAGGGAGGGAGGGGUAGUGGCAACCUUCACACCAGCUCCUGCUAGAGGGAGGGGUAGUGUAGUGGUAGGAAGAGGAUGAGAACAAGGGCUAUUCUGAGCACUAUAGAGAAAGGGAGGAGGGAAGGAGGGAGGUGGAUUAAAGGGAGUAUUUUAAGCACUACAGGGUUGGAGGGAGGGUAGUAGAGGGAGAGUUAUUCUAAGCACUACAUAUAGUCAUCUACUGUACACACAGGUACAGUACACUGGGACAGGUCUAUAGACCUGCUAUAAAAACACUGUAUAAAGGAGGGAGAGAGGGAUCACAGGUUCAGGUAGAGAGAGAGAGGGAUCACGGGUUCAGGUAGAGAGAGAGAGGGAUCACGGGUUCAGGUAGAGAGAGAGAGAGGGAUCACAGGUUCAGGUAGAGAGAGAGAGAGGGAUCACAGGUUCAGGUAGAGAGAGAGAGGGAUCACAGGUUCAGGUAGAGAGAGAGAGGGAUCACAGGUUCAGGUAGAGAGAGAGAGGGAUCACAGGUUCAGGUAGAGAGAGAGAGGGAUCACGGGUUCAGGGAGAAGGAGAGAGGGAUCACAGGUUCAGGUAGAGAGAGGGAGGGAUCACGGGUUCAGGGAGAAGGAGAGGAUGACUCACUACGCUGGACAGUAGACUCCUAGUGGUACUGAAGAGGAAGAUUCCAGGAAGAAUACAAGACAAUAAACAUGAAUACAGUAACAGAACACUAACACAUUCUGAGAAGAACAGGCAGGAUGACUCACUGUCUAAAGCACUUACAAUCACUUACAGGACGGACUGACUUACAGGACUAAACGGCAAUACACUGUUGCACUCUUCAAUUUCAUCAUUACUCUGUGGUACUCUAUGGUAUGCUAUGAUACUGUAAUUAGUAUGGUGCUCUUUAAUACACAGAAUUACGCUGUGGUACUGUUUAAUACGGUCCUUAUUAUGGUUCAUUUCAAUACUCUAUUACUCUUAGUGAAAAGGAGUUUGGUCACAUGAUUACACUGACUGAAUAGUGAUAGAAGCAACCACACCAACAUGUACUGUGACUAUUUAACACUGUAGCUGGUUAAUGUCUGCUUUCACAGGGUGAACAGUGUUUCAUCUGAUCCUACUGGUGCCCUGUCACACGGACCUGAUGCACAGCAAACACUAUUCCAUCCAGUCCUUCAUGGAGAUCUGAUAUGCAAGUGUACUUUUUAAAACACGGUUGGACCAAAUGCUGCCAGAUAUGAGAAUGAUGAACAAAUGUAGAUAGUUUUUCUAAUUCAUGAAAUCAACAAUAUUCUGCUGAAUGUGAUAUCAUUGUUUUAGAAACCAUAUCUGACAGUUUGAUUCCUAUUCUGCUGUAUGUUCUACUACUUGACUGCCUGCCACUACAGAUGCAUGUAUGGAGUUUGCUCUGAUACCAAUCCUCUCUCGCCAUUUCUUCACACACACACUUUACACAUUGUAUUUGUAGCAUCUGUGCACAACUUCUAUGCAGUCCUUACAAUUAAUACUCAGAGAAGCUUGUGAAGAUCUUAAUCACUAUGCCUUAAAAGUGUACUCUGGAUAGAUUUUUCUAAUUGAUUUGUUUCUAUUUAAUUGGUUUUGGGGGAGAUCUGAGAGCUUGUAUUUUCAUUCAGUGAUACAGUAGUUACCACUGUAAGUGAUAUUGCUGCAAUGUUCAUAUGUCUUCCAACUGUUCAGUUGGCUUGAAAUAUUUUGUAUAGAAUAUGGUGCUCUAGUGUGUCUUAUACCCUACACAUACAGUACUUACUGUUUAGUAUAUAUGAAGCACUAGACUACCAUACUGUAUGGCUUUGUAACUGAGUACAGAAGGUGGUACAUGAUUACUGAUUAGUCAUUUUACGCUGUGAAUUUGUACUUCACAAUACCAAUCUGUUUUCUAUUGAAUUAAAUAUUGCAUAGCAAUCGAAGUCCAA